AGAGAGAAAAAAGAAAUGAAAGAGCUCUUCUACUUUAGAUCUUCUCUCUUUCAAUGCUUCCUUGUUCCUGAGUUUUGGACUCGGUAUCGGACUCAUCUUGCCAUUACCAGCUCGUUUCUGUUAGCUGAGCUCAGCGUGUAGACCGGUACAAUAGGCUUUGUUUUCCUGUUCGUCUGACCACAUUUUGAUUAUUUUUGAGCAUUUGAUAGAGGGGUCGAACAUAUGGCAUGUUUCCGGCAAAUUAUGCUGGAGCUCCGGUAAGAUUGUGAUCUGAGAUUUUUCCGGAAGAGAUGUUUAAGUCGGCGAGAUGGAGGAGCGACAAAAACAAGAUAAAGACCGUCUUCAAGUUGCAGUUCCAUGCAACUCAAGUGGCGCAGUUAGAUGUGCAAACAUUGAUGAUAUCCGUGGUUCCUGGCGAUGGGGGAAAAUCGACUACAAAAUUAGAGAAGGCGACGGUUCUGGACGAUAAUUGUCGAUGGGAAAAACCAGUUUACGAGUCCGUUAAAUUUGUUCGAGAGCCAAAAACUGGGAAAAUCAACGAAAAAAUCUAUCAUUUUAUUGUUUCAUCUGCGUCGGGAAAAGGAAAUUUGGUUGGGGAGGCUUCAAUUGAUUUUUCUGCUUAUGCUGAGGCAAUUAAAACUUCUAAAGUUUCUCUUCCAUUAAAGAAUUCGAAUUCAAAAGCAGUUUUGAAUGUUUCAAUACACAGGCUGCAGGAAAAUGGCGAUCGAAGAGAGGUGGAAGAAAUUGAAGAUGCAAGUGUUAAAUCACAAGAUCGAAGCUUGAAGGCCCACUUGAGCAAUGGUGAUUCAGAUGAAAGCAUUAAGAACGAUACUGUUGAAGAUGCGCCUUUCAGCAAAAACCCCCACAAUGCUGAAUUGCAUGAGAACCAUAGAGAAUCAAAUGGAUCUGAUAUUACAAGUUCAAGUUCUGAUUGUAGCUCACUUGAUACUCCAAGGGAACUUAGAAAUGGAAUGAGGAAUGGCAGCAUCGAUCAGGACCCUCCUACUUAUCUGUCAUCAAUGAAUAACACCUCAGCUACUCCUAAACCGAUACCGGUUGCCUCGACAACAAUCUACGAGGAGUGGUCGGCAGGUUUGGAUCAGGGAAUGAGUACUGAUGACUCUAAUAGUUCUCAGGAUACCUUUCCAAGAGAAAACUCCCAACUUGGUUCGGAUAAUGAGAUCGAUAAGCUCAAGAAUGAGGUCAUUGCUUUGUCCAGACAAGUUGAUGUGUCAGAUAUGGAAUUGCAGACUCUCAGAAAGCAAAUUGUGAAGGAGUGCAAAAGGGGGCAAGAUCUCUCACGGGAAGUUGUUACUCUGAAAGAAGAGAGAGAUGCUCUCAAAUUAGAGUGUGAGAAACCCGAGUCUUUUCAGAAGCGAAUGGAUGAAGCGAAAGUAAAAAACAGGAUCCAGUUUGAGAGUGGAGACCCCUGGAUUCUUGUUGAAGAAAUGAGACAAGAGCUGAAUUAUGAGAAAGAGAUGAACUCCAAUCUUCGGUUACAACUGCAGAAGACACAGGAAUCAAAUGCUGAUUUAAUACUUGCCGUGCAAGAACUAGAGGAGAUUUUGGAGUCGAAGAAUGUGGAAAUUCCCAAUCCUUCCAACAAUUCUGGAUCCCAUGGAAAUGCGGAGGAAGUGGGAGCAGUCGACUCAAGAAACGACUCGGAUGAGGAUGAAGAGCAGAGGGUAUUGGAACAGCUUGUUAAAGAACACAAAGGCCCCAAGGAAACCUCUCUCCUGGAACAAAAGAUCGUUGACCUCUGCAGUGAGAUAGAGAUCUACAAGAGGGAUAAAGACGAGCGUGAGGCACAAAUGGAGCAACUAGCACUUGACUAUGAGAUACUGAAGCAGGAAAAUCACGACAUCUCAUACAAAUUAGAGCAAAGCCAGCUGCAAGAACAACUGAAGUUGCAGUAUGAGUGCUCGUCAUCUUUUGCUAAUAUAAAUGAACUUGAGACCCAAAUUGAAUUCUUGGAAAGUGAACUCAAUAAGCAGUCAGAAGAAUUCUCCGAUUCUUUAGCCACUAUAAAUGAACUAGAAACCCACAUCAAAAGCUUGGAGGAAGAGUUAGAGAAACAGACACAGAGAUUUGAAACGGAUCUAGAAUCUAUCACACAAGCCAAAGUUGAGCAGGAGCGAAGAGCUAUCCAAGCUGAGGAAGCCCUGCGAAUGACAAGAUGGAAGAAUGUAAAUACAGCUGAAAGGCUGCAGGAGGAAUUUAAAAGACUCUCCAUCCAGAUGGCUUCUACAUUUGAUGCAAAUGAGAAGGUGGUUACAAAGGCUCUGACUGAAUCUAGUGAACUACGCUCACAAAAAAUUCAGCUGGAAGAACAGCUCGAAAAAGCUAAAGAAGAGUUCCAAUCAUUUAGGGAGGAUUAUGAGGCAAAACUCUCUAACCUUUCCAGUCAAGUCAGUCUAAAAUCAAAUCAAAUAGAACAGUUGUUGGAGGAAAUUGAUGAUAAGUCUUAUAAGCUUGAACAACAAAAGAAGCACGCGGAAGAAGCUAGUGCGGAUUUUACCGAGGAGAUCUGCAACCUAAAAGCUGAGAUUGAAAAGCUGACAAUAGAAAAGAAUUGCCUCCUUGAACAAGCUGAAAACUUGAGACUUGAGUUGGAACACACAAAAGCAUUAGCUAAAGAAACUGAAGUCCAGAUGCAAAGAGGAUUUCUAGAAAGAAAUGAACUGGUGAGCGCAGUUGCUUUGAUGAAUAAAGAAGCUGCUAAAUCACUGGAAGAAUUGCAAAGCAUGAAGAACCUGAAGGAUGAGAAAGAAGCAGAAGUUGAAUCUCUACAAUCAGAGCUGAAUAUCCUCAAAACUCAGUGCAAUAAAUUGAAACAUUCUCUGUCAGGAGAUGAAGCAGAGAAAGAAAAACUCAAAAACCACGUAGCUCAACUAAAGGGUGACCUUAAGAAGGAAAAUGCAUUUACUGGCAUGGAAAAGAAGCUGAAAGAGAGCAAUGGAAGAGCAGCGGUUUCUCAUGGAACAAGAACACCAUUAAGAAACAAUAGAUCUCCCAUGGGUCCUGGCAGUUCUAAAGAGGUUGCAAACCUGAGGGAGAAAAUAAAGUUGCUUGAGGGACAAAUAAAGUUAAAGGAAACUGCUUUAGAAACGUCCACAAUCUUUUUCCUGGAAAAGGAAAAGGAUCUUCAGAAGAAAAUUGAAGACUUAGAAAGCCGAGUAGAAGAACUCAACAAGCACAGUGCCAGCUUCUACGAGUGCGAACUUCAGAAGGUAGUUAAAGAUACUAAGGAAGCAAUUGUAUCAAAUGGUGGCGUUGUAUCAGAUGGCAACAUAAAGGAAAGAAACGACGAUGACAGUUUGCCUGUGAAAGAGCAAAAAGCCUGCAUUGUGGAUCGAGACAGUAGCCAGGAUGAAUUGAUGGAGGAACUAGCAGCAUUGAAGGAAAGAAACAAAUCCAUGGAAAGCGAGUUGAGGGAUAUGCAAGAGCGAUAUUCCGAGAUGAGCCUGAAAUUCGCAGAGGUUGAAGGUGAACGACAACGACUUGUGAUGACGGUGCGUAAAAUCAAGAAUGCCAAGAAGAGCUAAAAGUAAUCGAUUUCUUCGCCUACAAGGUACUGCAAUGUAUAGUUGAAGUAGCAGCAGGAUUUUACCCACACGGAAAUUGCUGGUGAGACGGUUCCUUUUCUUAUAGUGAAAAUAAAUUAAGUUGUACAAAAAUCAAAUACGCAUUGACCACACCUAGUAGUUUCCAU